CAGAGGUAUUCUGGGUAAGAAGGCGCGGGACUGCUGGAAUUCGGGGACAGGGUCAGAGAUCAGAGCGAGGGCGAUGGUCAGGACCGGGAGUAGUAAGUCUGGUGUAAAGAGGGUUUACACAGUCCAGACGUUGUCGUCCGGUGUGAGACAUCACAGACUAUGGAGCUCAUCGCAGACACCUCCCACCUCCUUCCGCCCUCUUCACUAAGCCGUCUGGCACGCCAGUGGCUGUUGGAGGACUCGCCCCAGCUGGAUUGGGCGGGGGCUGUGGUGGGAGAGCGCCCGGUAGGGGCGACCCUCCUCCUCAAGUCUCCCGGGGUGCUAGCCGGCUCCCCUUUCGCCCAGGCGGUCUUCCGGGAGGCCGGCUGCCGGUUUCGUUGGCUGAGGCGGGACGGGGAGGACCUGAAGCCUGUCUGCACAGUGGCCUGUGUCUGGGGACCGGCCCGGACCCUGCUGCUGGCCGAAAGGGCCGCCCUCAACGUUCUGGCCCGGGCUAGCGGGGUGGCCACGUCCUGUCGUUCCGCCCAAGAGCUGGCCCGCUCCCUGGGCUGGAGUGGGCGGCUGGCGGGCACCCGCAAGACCACCCCUGGCUUUCGGCUGGUGGAGAAGCACGCCAUGGCGGUGGGCGGGGUGGAGACCCAUCGAUACGGCCUCGGCGACCUGCUCAUGCUCAAGGACAAUCACCUGGUGGUGGUCGGAGAUAUCGCUAAGGCGGUGCGGGAAGCCCGGAUGAUUGCGAGUGUCUAUAACAAGAUCGAGGUAGAGUCGCGCUCGCUGGAGGAGGCACGCCAGGCCGCUCUGGCAGGAGCCGAUAUCGUGAUGCUGGACAACUUUACUCCCCAGGGAGUGCUGGAAGCCGCCAGGGCCCUGAAGAAAGAGUUCCCGCGGCUGCUGAUCGAAGCCAGCGGUGGGAUCACCCAGGAGAACCUGCCCCUCUACCUCAGCCCUCACGUCGACGUCAUCUCGCUGGGAUCCUUCACGCAGCAGCUGACCGCUCUCGACUUCUCCAUGAAGGUCCUUCCCGAGCUGGGCAGCGAUCCCGAGUCUGGGUCCUCCCCAGCACCGGACCCGUCGCUGGGACCGAGCGACUUCGCCUUCUAGGGUGCGGGUGGUGGAGGUGUGAGGGUGUGUGGGGAGACCGAAGUCUGCCCCCUUUCCCCCGGCCCGCAUUCAAUAAAUGACUGAUUGAAAUGCU